AUUGCGUACUUAAUUAGCUCUCUCUCUAGUACCUGCGUUAUCACACUGUUGCCGUAACAUUCGCUUGCUACCUCUCUAUCCUCUCGUUAUCGAUUCACCUUUUAUUUCCUUGGCAUGCUUAAAAACUACUUGCACUGGCUCGCUAAAUACUUGGCUUUUCUCUGGCGAAAAGCCGCCACCUCAUAUGUUUUCCCCGUUUCUCCGUGCAAAGAGCGCCUCCUUCUAUUUGGUAACCAAAGAAACAGAAAAGAAAAAUCGCCUCUCGAAAUCUACUUACUUACCACGUUGCAUCAUCACGAUCCUCAGCUUCCCAAAGUGCCCCCUUCUUCGCGGCCUCACUUUCACGAAGAAGCAAACGACGGCGCAGGGAUCGACGACCGGAACAGACAUCCUCCUCAGAAACCCCUUGGACGCGUCGUCCAGCGCUGUCCGAUGAUGUCCUUCGGUUCCUGGUUUCUUGCGCAUCGGAAACUAGACCGCGGCCUAGUUCGGCCCAGGAAAGCCUGCCCUUGCCCUCUCGCUUUCUAUCGGGAAGUCGCGCUGACUACAGAGGCGAGGAGAAAAGCCUAUAAAGAGUCGGCAAGUUCCGAAUCUGGGCCAGUCAUUCCAGCAUGGCAGUGAGCGACAAAUACACGGUCUUGCACAUGUUGUUCUCGGGGGGCGACCCCCGCGUCCGAGACUGGGCGCUCAUGGGGUCGCCUGUCUUCAUCGUCUCCAUCGUCUCAGCGUACCUCUACUUCUCCCUGAGACUGGGACCAGCUCUCAUGAAGAACCGGCCUGCCUUCAACAUCCGACCGUUGGUUGUGGCUUACAACGCCGUUAUGGUGGUGCUCAGUGUGUACUUCUUCGUACUUACCCUUCGAUUAUCCUACUUCCGUGAUGUGAAUAAGUACGACCCCAUCUGCCAGGGAACUGAUUACGGUCAGGGUGCAAUGCCUCUACUCUACCACGGAUGGUUCUACAUGUUGAUGAAGGUGGGCGAACUGCUCGACACCGUCUUCUUCGUGUUGCUCAAGAAGAACUCGCACAUCACCUUCUUACACUUGCUUCAUCAUUCGGUUGCCCUGUCCACUGUCUGGAUGGACAUUAACAAUGGAAUAACCGGUCAAGUCGCCAUGUUUCCGGUCUUGAACACAGCUGUGCACAUGGUGAUGUACACUUACUAUGGCCUCGCCGCGCUUUCCCCUGAACUGCGGCCUAACCUCUGGUGGAAGAAGUAUGUUACUCAGGCUCAAAUCGCGCAGUUCUUCGCUCUCAUGGUGCACGGUUCCAUUCCCCUCGUCAUGAACUGCGAUUUCCCGAGGACCAUGGCUGUCUUCAUGGUCUUCGAGGCCGGGUUGUUCACGUGUUUAUUCUCGGACUUUUAUUACCGUAAUUACAUCUGCACGCGUAAGGAUGUUAUCAAAAGCCAAUGACAUUAUC